GCAGAAAAACUGAUCCUGUUAACAAAAUGGCACCUAAAUAUGAAAAUAGUAUAUAUAUUUUUAAUACGGAAACUUAUUCCUGGAUUACAUCAUUUGAUACAAUUGAUACAUCCAAUAAAACAGGUAGUAAUGGAGAGACAAAAUCAAUAGAUAGUAAAAAUAUUUCAACAAAUCAGAUAAUUUUAUUUGUUGUGACAGGCGUUAUUGGGAUAAUUUGUUUAUCCUUUAUUGUCUUGAUUUAUAAAAAGUAUCAAAACAAAAAUGUUAAAAGUAUUCCAACAGCUGGUAGUAAUAUAAAUGAUAUGUAA